AUGGCACAAAACACACCUGUCGAAUGCCCGGGUGUUCGCUCUGUGAACACGACUACCGCUGACCCUACCGCUAUCCCGCUGCCUACUCUUCUCCGCCUACCUCGCGAACUCCGCGACCUCAUUUACGAGGAGUAUGUUCGCGUGGACGGUGGAUACAUCUACAAACCAGAAACAAACAGACUUGCGCAUGCAGAUGGCUCGCCGAUAAAUUUGUCGCUACGCCUUGUCUGUCGACAGCUCGCAUCGGAGCUCCAUGGCAUGGCAUUGAAGCUGAAUACCAUCACGUUUGAGACAUGCUUUUCAGAGGCUUCGCGAGAAGACGCAGGAAUGCAUCAUGCCAUCAACACCAAGAUUGAACGUCGCAAGAGAGAAGUAAUGAAGAUGUUUGCUCCACAACUGUUCACCUCUGAGAUGGCAAGAGCGGUAGCGGAUGUCCACCCAUGGUUUUCGCCAGUCAUUAACGGAUGGAGUCGACACUCCUUGCCUGAUCUCAAGGCACUGACCAUGCGAGGGGUGUACUGUGGUGAAGCUCCUUCGUUAUGGCGCGAUUGCGUUCACGACGUGUUUCGUCAGAUCUCGAAAAGCCCCGAGCUCAAUGCGACACUACUGGAAGAAAGCGUAGCUAGGCCCCGACCCACCGCCCUUUGGCCUCAGCCCUGGAUUCCAGCCGAUGGGCAACAGUUACUCGAACUGGCCAAGGCAGAUCCGAAGCCCUGGCAGAUUCUCAGCAGAGCUGAACGCGACAAGCUAGCUGCUGCAGCCCACGCUGAGCCCAAGCUUCCGCACUACAAGUCACGAACAAAGUACACUUAUUCCGCUGCUUCUCUGGCUCUUCGGUUCCUUCAAGCAUUGUCGCCUUCCGAUCUUGCGGCUGUUCGACAGGUCAAACUCUUAGAAACGCGCGAAACUGUAGGAUUCCCAGAAUGCCAUGCGCGCGGUUUCAUCCCGAUAUGUCAGCAAUGCCCACAAAUACGCAUACAUCGCUUCGCCAGUCUCUGGAAGAGUGUCUUUUCCGUUCCGCUCCUGCAGAAAGCCGACUACUGCUACGCCAGCCAAGAUGAGAUGGAUAGCUCGAUAAUGAGCAUUGAUCGAUUAGCUGCUAAAGACAUCACCCGUGAAGUGGGUAAAUGGGCCAUAGAAGCAUCCAUUCUGCCUUCGCUUGGGAUGCCGGAGGAAUGCUUCACACUUGUUCUUGAUGGUGAACCCACCCCUGCUCACACUACCAAGCUCUUCCGGGUGGUCCAAGAAGACAUGGCUUUUCAGGACGCACUUGAUCUUGCUUACAACAUUGGCUCUCUACCGUUGCCAACAUGGCUUGACCGAAGAAUCCAGACCGGAUACAUGUACGAGGGUCUCCCAGACAUCAUUCGUUCGCUUUCCAUCGGCAGUCCACUAAUACGCUGCAAUUUCGAUCCUGAUCAGCCACACGAUGCUAGGAAGAUAAUGGAAAAACGUCAUGGAUGGAACCUGAGCGACUGGACAGAAUCGUGGAGCAGAAGUCGCGAGUAUCAGACUGUGGCUCCGCUACCUCCGUGGCAUGAGCUGCGAUGGCAGUAUGUGAUAGUGUAA